AUGGCCCAACGUGUUAACAAGAACCGCGAUCCAGAGCUGCAACUUCAAUACACCAACUACAAGAACGGCCUCCAACAGAUCGCCCAAAAGAUUGGUGACGUUGAGCAGGAAGCAGAAGAGCACAAGCUCGUCCUUGAAACCCUCGAACCGCUUCCGGCCGACAGGAAAUGCUUCCGGAUGAUAAAUGGCGUUCUAGUAGAGAGAACGGUGAAGGAUGUUGUGCCGGCGCUGAAGACGAAUUCGGAGGGCCUCCGGAAGGUGCUGGAGGAUCUCGUUAAGCAGUACAAUAGCAAGCAGGUUGAGAUGGAGAAGUGGAAGAAAAAGAAUAAUAUACAAGUUGUCCAGCAGUGA